AUGCUUCUUUCGAAGCCAGCGAGUUUUCUUCUUACCUCGGCUGCGCUGGUCGCAGGCCAUGGCUAUGUGACGAGUAUUGAGGUGGACGGAAAGGCCUAUGGCGGGUAUCUUGUUGAUACCUACUACUACGAGUCCAAUCCACCCGACCUCAUCGCCUGGUCCACCACUGCUACCGACGACGGCUAUGUUUCUCCCGCCGACUACGCUGAGUCCGACAUCAUCUGUCACCGCGGCUCCGCUCCCGGAGCUCUUUCUGCUCCAGUUGCUCCAGGCGGCUCGGUCAAGAUGACCUGGAGCACUUGGCCGGAAGAUCAUCACGGUCCCGUCAUCAGCUACCUCGCCAAAUGCGAUGGCGACUGCGCUGACGUGGACAAGACCACGCUGGAGUUCUUCAAGUUUGAUGCCGGUAGUCUUAUCAGUGAUUCCUCCAUUCCCGGAACUUGGGCUACCGACCAGCUCAUCAAGGAUAGCUAUAGUCGCACGAUGACCAUCCCAUCCGGUCUCGAGGCUGGAAACUACGUUCUCCGCCACGAGAUUAUUGCUCUCCACAGCGCUGAGAACAAGGAUGGUGCACAGAACUAUCCUCAGUGUAUCAACCUGAAGGUGACUGGCAGCGGCACCGCGAGACCCAGUGGAACACUGGGAACGGCCCUCUACAAAGACACGGACCCAGGUAUCUACGUCAAUAUCUGGAACACCUUGAGCUCCUACACCAUUCCUGGUCCGGCUCUCUAUACCGCUGGCAGUUCUGUGACAGCUUCAGAAGCUGCGAUCACGGCGACUUCUGCUCAGUCCACUGCUGCUGACGAAACCGCCUCCGGGCCGACGACGCUAGCAACUACCUCUCGCGCCGAGCCCUCCGAGUCCGCGCAAGCGUCCGAGGCUGUUGUCGUCGUUACCACCGAUGCCACCUCGUCCGCAAAUACGCCCACUGCCACGUCAACCUCCGGUGUCUUGAGCGGCUCUUGCAGCCAGGAAGGAUACUGGUACUGCAAUGGAGGCACUGCCUUCCAACGCUGCGUGAAUGGCGAGUGGGACGCUUCUCAAAGCGUUGCUGCAGGCACACAAUGCACUGCCGGGGUUUCUGAGGGUUUGGCUAUUUCUGCGACCAAGAAGUGUAGAGAGUUCUCACAUCUGCGUCGCCAUGUUGCUCGAAACAACCGCGUUCGUGCAUAA